AUGGCCGAAGAAUUCACUAGUCCCACUACUGGCCCAAGCUCCGACGAGGUCAGUUUAGCUGAUAUAGUUUUUGGGAGUUGGGAUUCAUUCAAUUUCAGUGACGAUGAUGUUCACGACAACCAUAAUAUAGAUGAUGUUCUUGAUGAUAACAACGAUGGUCAUAGUAUUGAUACUUCGGAGAAGAAUAAAGUCUUCUGGGAAGAAAAAUAUCAUCUUCUUAAGAAGGGAAUUUUGUGCAGGAGUGGUUCAUGGGAGAGAAAAGUAGGGGAAGCAACGAAGGAGAUUGUAAGAGAAAUGAAGUAUUCGGAGAUGGUGUGUAGUUGUCUGCAGAAAGUGGUGGCUAAGAAUUGCAGGAAUUGCUUGCUGAGAGAAAUACGGGAUCGAUUGUUGAAGCUUGGCUACAAUUGUUGCAUCUGCAAGUCUAGAUGGAGGAGUUCAUCAGAAAUCAUAUCAGGUAUAAUUGUGAGCAUACGUCAUGGUUAUGGUUUUGGUUGUGUUGUGAUGGACCCUUGUGAAAUGAUCAAGUGGUGUUUAAUUGCUGUAGGGGAGCACAGUUAUUUGGAAGUGACAGAAAAUUUAUCAAACACCAAAAGAGAAGCAGUAAAACUGGUGAUUGAGUUGAGCUUCAGAGCUGAAUUCGAGAUGGCACGUACGAAUGAAGAAUACAAGCAAUUAGUGAAGCGUUUGCCUGAAGUAUUUGUAGGGAAAGCAGAGAGAUUAAGAGGUUUGGUGAAGAUUAUGUGCUCAGCUGCUAAAAAAUGCAUGAAGGAGAAGAAAAUGCACAUUGGACCAUGGAGGAAACACAAGUACAUGCAAGCUAAGUGGUUUGGCACGCGCGAAAGGUCGACAAUGGAACCACUUCUGAUAAUGAACUCUUCUCGGAUACCAAAACCUAAGGCUUCAAUGCUCACUUUUGAUUUAAUGGAAAACAUUCAUGGGUUGCACUGUACUACAGUUGAGGUUAUGGAUAGGAGGAGUUUAUUUGCUAAACUGUUAAAUGUUUUGCCAACAAUCUUCAUCCAAGUUUUGGUGUUGCUGAUUAUCUAG